AUGCUAAGAUUGUUCAAAGCCUGGUACUUGGUACUGAUAUUGUGCGCAUGGUACAUUGGUGUUUCUAGUCGUCUCGAGAUCUGCAAUAAUAAUGUCUUCGAACGAAUGUUUAUGGGUCAUGGUGUUGUCACCUCGCUGAAUUUAGUAAUAGCCCAUCCAGACGAUGAAGUGAUGUUUUUCGCACCAACGUUACUACAGCUCGAUCAGAGACUUGGCCACAAAAUUCCAGUGCGCAUUUUUUCGCUCACUGAUGGGGGUGCUGAUGGAUUGGGCGAAGUUCGAACCCAAGAAUUGAGGGAAUGUGCAAAGCUUCUGUUACGUCGAAAACAGCCAAAAGUAUUUGUUUUGAAUUUCGACGACGGAAUGGACGAAGUUUGGGAUUUAGAAAAAGCAGCAAGUGAAGUGGCAGCCCAAGUGCCAGAUCGAAAUCCCAUUUUCAUAACUUUCGAUGACAAGGGUGUCUCACAACACGUCAAUCAUAUCUCCUGCUACAAAGCAGUUCAGAUCCUAAAGCACAAAAUCCCGAAUGGCCUUUUUUUCCGUUUGCUAAGUAAAACUCUCUUGCCGGAAAAAUACUCAGCAUUCUUACCAGCGUUACUUCGGUCAUUUACUUGCAAUGAGAAGCUAGUCUUCGUGAAUAGCUUCUCGCAUUACCUUCUUGCCUUUGCAAGCAUGUUGAAUGCUCAUGUUUCCCAAAUGGUGUGGUUUCGGUAUGGCUGGUGGCUUUUUAGCUGUUACGUUUAUGUCAAUGAGUUGCAAGCAAUCUGA